CUAUGCAUAAGUUUUGAGCUUAAUUUUCCAAUCGUAAUUAUUUAUCUAAAUAGGUAAAAUUUGGAAACAGAAGUAAAUAUUUUUGCAUCGAUUCCGAUUUCGACAUAUACGGUAUUUAUGUUAGUUUUUGGUGUUGUUUUAAUUUGCGCCCUUUGACGUAAUAAAAAGUGGUUGUCAAACGAAAUACAGCGAAUAAGUGGUUAAUGCAUAAUUAAAAAGCUGUCAAAUAAGGAAAAUAAUAUUGGAGAGUUAAAGUGUGUAAUCAACGAUAAUGCUGUGAAAAAUUGCCGGGAAAGUUCAGCUUAGGUUGGACAACUAAUAGUGACAACAACAGCAGAGAGUAUAGCCUCCAAAAGAUGAACCGCUGAGUGCAACGCUUGUGCCUCCCCCGAUGGAAGAUGUAUACAACGCAAACGCACUAGAGAGACUAUCCACACGAGCGUACGAAUUCCACAUUCGUGUAUGGGUGAAUACCGAUGCAGUCUUAGUUUCAUACAGCAGCGCUCUUGUUACUUUCAUUAGAUUGUGAAGAGCCAGCAAAGCGUCGAGAGCAUUUUCCGGACGUCCGUGCAUUAUAAACCGUGACCAAAAGAAAAUCAGUCAACGCUGACACUGGCCCUUUUUAUUAAUUGAGGGUCACACAAACGGAAUAUUCUUUCGUGAAAUACAAUUUUGUUUAAAAAAAUUACAAAAUUAGUGAACAAAGUGAUUAUCACGCUACUCCUAAAGCGUCUGCAUUCUAUUUAACCUGCCCUAUCGUACCGCCGCAUAAACGGUGUAACCGCGCGCGUACGCGUUCGGUUGUAAAAAAGACCGUGAGCAAAAAUCGAUUUUUUCUUCAUUUUAUACGCUUCUAAAGAGAAUCACACAACAACAAUAGGAGUAGCUAAAAAGGCUACUCACAUAUAUGGAAAGAAACUAGUUCAAAAAUAAAGUUAUAUUAUAAUUUGUGAAACAUUUUUGAAAACUUUCGGGAAUACUAGUCCCAUAUAUGUGCUAAAAGUGGAAAAUAAAAGAAUUUAAAUAACGAAAGUAAAGAAGAAGCAAAAACAUUGUGAUAGAAAACCCGAUACACAAAAACCAUCUACCAACAAUCAAAAUCCAAUCCACUCUCAUUCAUAGCUGCUUUGGCGUUCUAGUAACAAUUUGCGCUGAUUUUUGCCAUCAUAACCCACCCCUCUCUAUUGUUGUUCGGAAACUUUCAACGAUAAGCUACAUUUUCGACAUUGUGCUCGUCCAACAGCGUCAUCGCCUUCAUCGUCAUCAUAAACAGCGAACGCAACAGCAGAUACCAACAAUUUUUCUCCCUGCGCGUGUGUUAAAUUAUACCAUUGAGUACUCCAAGUGCUGGUUAUAAAAGGUGUUUAUAAAAAGGAAAGCAAAAAAUUCGAAAGCUUACAAUUUGUGAAUGUAAAAUAAUAUAAGAGCUACAACUCUCAAGAUAUAAUUUAAUUCUUAUAUAAAAUAUUUAAUAAAAAAUACAACUGUUAGCACUUAAAAAAGCUACAUAUAAUCUGUGAAUACGAAAAUAACACACAAAAGUGAGGCAGAAAGUGAGUCAUGCUGCCGUUGCUAUUGUCGCUUAAGCUAUCGCUAUCGUCGUCGUUGUUAAUGUCGCCCAAAUUAUUGUUGAGUGUCGUUGUGGAUAUCGCAGUAAAUUGAAUUUGUUGACCAUGAGCAUUGCCUUCACCCGCUACACAUACCAAUACACACACGUUUAAAUCCAUUCUGCCCCUCUAACAACGUGAAAAAAACAAAUGCUAAAAAUUCGUAUGCUGAUAUAAUAUUCACUCUCAACAAUAACUUGCAAUAUAUAGCACAAUCAAAGAGGCAGUUUUAUAGUGACAAAAAUAAGAAAAAAAGUCAAUAAUUUAAUUCAGAAAUAUCAAAAAGCAACGCCUAAAACAAAAACUAUUAUCAAGACAGCGGUACGGCGGUUGGUCGAAAACGUUCGCUUUUCGCAAGGAAAAAUCGAUAAUUGUCAUACGAACGGGCCACAAACAACCGCCCGCGUCCACCCACCACCGCAAAAAAAAUUCAGGCGUGGAAAGUGUUGCACACACGAAGUACGCUGUGAGACCGACAAAAUUAGCAGUGAUAAAUGGAAAAGCAAAAACGAAUUGGCGUAUAAAAGAAAAGCAAAAAUUUCUAUUGUGCUGGUGUCAAGUUCCGCAAAAGUAUUAUAUGAAAAUUGAAUUAAUAUAAUUUUGAAACAAAUAAGUAAUAGGAUAAAUUAGAAUUUCUGUCGAGCAUUAACUGCCACAAAAAUAAAAUCAUAAAAAACGUCUUGAAAUUGAGCAAAGCUAUAUACCUGUCCCUUGAAAAAAAACCAAUUAAAAUUUAGCUCAACAAAGCCAACGAACGACAAAAUAAGUCAACGAAAAUAAGUCAGCUAAUAUAAAGUUAAAAUUAGAAUACAAAUUUAAAAAAAAGUUCAAGGCAUACGCACUAGCUUAACAAGUGUUUAAGUGAAAAAAAACGCACCACAAAAAAACUAUUUUAAACACCUCAGUUUUUGAAUAAAUAAAGCUGCAAAAUGACAAAAGACAGAUUAGCCGCACUUCACGCAGCCCAAUCCGACGACGAAGAGUCCGAGGAAGUGGCUGUCAAUGUGGAUGCCCAUGAUUCUUACAUGGAUGAGUUCUUCAAGCAGGUGGAAGAGAUACGUGGCAUGAUCGAUCGCGUGCAAGACAAUGUCGAGGAAGUGAAAAAGAAGCAUUCAGCUAUACUCUCCGCCCCUCAGUCAGAUGAGAAAACCAAGCAGGAGCUUGAGGAUUUAAUGGCCGAUAUUAAAAAGAAUGCAAAUCGUGUGCGUGGCAAGCUAAAAAGCAUCGAACAAAAUAUCGAGCAAGAAGAGCAGCAGAACAAAUCGUCCGCCGAUUUGCGUAUACGCAAAACACAACAUUCAACGCUAUCACGAAAAUUUGUCGAGGUGAUGACAGAAUACAAUCGCACGCAAACGGAUUACCGAGAGCGUUGCAAAGGUAGAAUACAACGUCAGCUGGAGAUUACCGGACGUGCAACGACCAGCGAAGAACUGGAAGACAUGUUGGAGCAAGGCAACCCAGCAGUAUUCACUCAAGGCAUUAUCAUGGAGACACAGCAGGCCAAACAAACGCUGGCCGAUAUAGAGGCUCGUCAUGCUGAUAUCAUGAAAUUGGAGACAUCGAUCAAAGAACUACACGACAUGUUCAUGGAUAUGGCUAUGUUGGUGGAGUCGCAAGGCGAGAUGAUCGAUCGCAUUGAAUAUCAUGUGGAGCAUGCUAUGGACUAUGUGCAGACGGCAACGCAAGACACAAAGAAGGCGCUUAAAUAUCAGAGCAAGGCGCGCCGAAAGAAGAUCAUGAUCCUGUUAUGUUUGACUGUGUUGGGUCUCAUAGUUGCUUCAUAUCUUGGCCUUACUGUCGCAAAAGUGAUAUAAUGGAAAAAAGUCAUAAUAAAUAUACACAUUUGCUGCUGUUGCAAUUAGUUAACUUUAAUAUUAUUGUUUUCUUUGAAUCGCCUGCCUAAAUUAUGUAAGCUCUUAGCCACGCAUGAGUACGUACAUACAUAAGUAUGCCUACUUUUCGUUGCAACUGUUGCAUAUCACGUCAUCAUCACAUGAGCGAUCAGAACGCAAAGCAGCUUGCGGUUGGUAGAUCUUUUUUAAUAGAACACUAAGCAAAGCUUGUAGCUUUUAUGAAUGCAUUUAUGUAGACGUAUAGCGAGUGCACGCACCCAAAAAUAUUUUGUUUUUUGAAAUUUCACAACUUUUGCGGAUGCCACACCCGCCGACUUGCAUAUGUAUUGUAUUUUUUGUAUGUCACAACUGUCAUGUGAAGCCGAAUGGGAGUAUGCCUUUCAAUGCAAAAAAAAAAAAAUAAUAAUAAAAAAUUAAAACAAUGCUAAGCAUAUUACAAACACCUAUGUACCUCUCACACACACACACAAAUGGGAAUGCAAAAAACAAAUAAUGGCAACUACAAAAAAAAAAAACAUAGUUUACAACUAAGCGCACCUUCAAGCACCCUUAAUUUAACUAUGAGCAGCACCCAUAACGCGGUAACUAACCCGACCGACCGCCCGCCCGACAAAUUGCACUUUAAACGAUAGCAACAACAACCAUAAAAAGCAAACAGAGCGCAUGCACUUUUGUACGCUGAAAAUGUAAGGCAAGCGAAAUGCACGUCAAGCAAAAUUUAAGCCGCCUCUUUACUAACAAUUGCACGCAAUAAAUUAAAGAUAAAUUGAGAAAAUCGAAAAAAUGCCAUAAAUGCGCCUCGAACAGGCUCGUUUGCGAAAAAUAUACAUAUUUGCUCAUAAAUAAUUUGCGGCUCCUUCGCUUUAUAUCAUAUUGAAUCGAAAAGAACAAAAGCUGCCAAUCAAUGUACGAUCAUCGCCACAAAAGGAAUGUACAAUGACAAACGCUAGCGACCUACCAACCGCCAACAAGCCAACCUUGCCACCCACCCAAGCGCCCAACUAACCAACAACAUAAUUAGAAAUAAAGCAUAUGCGCCAAUAAGUAGCAACUGCUUGACAGCUAACUGUUUUGUCGUUGGUAAGUAGUCAAAGAAAUAAAAA